AUGGAAUGGUGUCUAAAAUCUGAGAAAGUAGUCGCUGGAAGAUAUCAUGGCGCCGAUCAGGGCAAUAGUGACUGUCUACGCGAAAAUGUAGUCGACUGCAUACUAUCCGCCAUCAAAUACUGCGUACUUACGGUAAUACCCAAACGGUCUGAAUUGCGGACAGAGACCGUCUGGCUCUGUUUGAAAUGCGACCCUGAACGACGGUUCAACAGUUCCACUUCAAGAGAAGGCGCUUGGGCGGCUGCACUGAGGACGCAGAAGAAGUUGAAAUCUCCGUAUUUCUUCCCUGAUUAUCGUGAUCUAAUAGGACAAUACGGAUAUGUCUGUACGAUGUGGGAGUAUCUAGGAGGAGAACAAAUGUCUAGUGUUUCCACAGUAGUUGGAAACGUAGACGAAACUAUGAAAAGACCAUGCAACCCGGAGGACAGUCUCUGUACCGAUGAGUUCGAAAUAAUCUCUUCCGACACAUUCGAAAAUAGCGCUGAGCGUCCCGAGGAUACGGUUUCUCAAUGGUCCAUUCAACAUAACAUUAAUGUUGAAUCUCUUGUGCCACUGAACAAUUUAGCAUCUGUAUUGUGUUCGACUCACAGUGACGUACAUUCUGUUACUCCAGCUACUCCAAACUCUUCGAUAAAGAAUGUCGCAAAUGCUGCUGAAACAAUUCCUUCACUUGACCCAUUAAAUACUCUCACAGAGCAGUCGACUAUGGGAAUAAAAUACAAUGAAACACCUGUUCUUGCUGGGACCAUAGAACCAUUACCGUCUCUUGUAUCAUCCAUGGUGAUCGAUACCCCAUCUUUGGCGGAUUCUGAGGCUACACUUGAAAAUGUUUUGCGUUCACAAAGUGAAACUCGAGAAAUGCUGGAAAAAGCUAUAAUUUCAUUGGAUACGAUGAAUAAAGAACGUAACGAGAUAACUGCGAAGUUAGCCACUAUCAACGAUUUGGAACUUGAAAUAAAGAAACUCAAAAGCCGCGUCACAGAGCUUGAGAACGAAAACGCUUCGCUGAAGAAACUCGAGAGAAAGUAUCAACAGCAAAAAGUUGAAGAAAAUUGUGAAGACGGCCAUGGAGAUGAUGAUGAACAUCCUUUGUUGAAGAAGACUAUGGAGGAUCUGCAGCAACAACUUUACGAUAGAGGGCUAGAGGUGGAUGUGCGCACGAAGGCUCUAGCGGAGGCAACAAGUGAACUUGAGGCGGCUUACCGCAAGAUAGCAGACUUGACUGACUCUCGAGACUCAGCUGUUCUCGAGCGCAUCAAAAUAAGUGACAAGUUGGACGAGACGUAUGCACUUCUGGUCGCAGAGCGUGAAAGAGUUUCAGUAACCGAAGACCAACUCCGCUCGCUUCAGUCUACAGGAGGCAGCGGUUUCAAUUUUUCUAUGGUGAACGAACAAGCUGUAGUGAGAGAAAUGAGGGCAAAGGCUGAUUAUGCAAAAUUGUUGGAAUCAGAGCUAGAGAAUACGCGAAAGAAACUCGAUGAUCUGACUAGAUCUUGUGAGAGGAAAGAUGUUGAGCUGAAAACUCAUGAAGAAAUCAUCAAUGUUUUGAAGGAGGAGGAUCUGGAAGGUAGAAGAGUUAUUGCGGAGAAGGACAGGAAGAUCAGUCUCCUUGAAGAAAUGGUACGCAACAUGGGUUUGGAUCGUGCAGAAGUGAACAACUGUUAA